UUCGGAUCAGAAGAUUGCAGGUUCGAGUCCUGCCGCGGUCGAAAUUUUGAUGCUCUGACUGCAUUUCGUCGCGUUUCCUUCAGUAAAAUGCAGAACCGUUAGCGACAUUUGACUGAUUUGACUGCUAUACGACAAGGAGUUUUAUUGUAGUGGUAAAUUAAGUCCAGGCCAUCCUCUUUACCUUGAAAUAAUUUUAAGCCCAGCUUCCUGAUGUGGAUGUGAAUGUAGUGACUGAGGAGGUCGGUCUCAUUUCACUGCAACACCUGGCUUAUUCCAGCUCUAUUUACAGCUACGCGUUCCCCGAAUGGUACUUCGCUUUGCUUUACACAUCUACGAUCAUGAAACCAGCGAUAGCGGAUGACACGGAGGAUGUUGAGCUGGACUUUACUGCUGACGAGCAGGAGAGGGCGCGGAGAAGCGCUGUCGUAAGACACCCCCUUGCCUCAUUUUUCCACCUGUUCUUCCGAGUGGUUGCCAUUGUUACCUAUUUGCUCUGUGACUGGAUCAGCGAGAACUUUGCAUCAUGUUUUGUCCUGAUCAUCACUCUGCUCUCUUUUGACUUCUGGUCUGUCAAGAAUGUGACUGGCAGGCUGUUGGUGGGGCUGCGCUGGUGGAAUCAGAUCGACGAGGAUGGAAAGAGUCUCUGGUUGUUUGAGGCCAAAAAAACCUGCCGGGGCAAUAACAUUGGAACAGAGGCAGAGGCAAGGAUAUUUUGGUUGGGUCUCAUCAUCUGUCCUCUCAUUUGGACGUUCUUCUUCUUCACCUCCCUCUUCUCCCUGAAGAUUAAAUGGCUGUCACUUGUGGUAGCUAGUAUUUCCCUCCAAGUGGCUAAUCUCUAUGGCUACCUACGCUGCAAGGCAGUGGGAGACAAUGGCCAGCCUUCAGACACCCGCUCUUUCAUUGGACAGCACCUCCUGCAGCGUCCAGACAUAAUCUUUGGAAUACUAUGAAGAUGACCUCCUGUACCUGUACAGCCACUCUGCUGUGCUUAUGUGUGUGUUCAUGUGUGUGUCUCUCUCUGUGUGUGUGUGUGAGAGAGAUAAAGAGGGAGAUAGAUGAGUGCUGCCUCAUCUCCAAAGUUCUAACAAGCUGCAUCUACUUGAAUGGCUGUGUGCCUUCCUUGUGCAUGCCUUAUGCUGCUGACUGUUCAUUCCCAUGUUGCCCAUGGAUUGGUCUGGCUAUUAUGUCAAUAAAAGAUAAGUGCAUUUAAAAAAA